CUUAUGGUGAAUAUAAUGUCAUAUGAUUUGACACGGUAGAUAAUCGUGUUGUGAUAUUUUUUGAACAGUGAUUAAAAAUAUAUUUGUUAGAAAAAUUCAUUUAAUUCCUUAGAUAAAGAAUUCUAUUUCUUUCUAGAAAAAAUUAUAUUUAUAAUAUAUAUUAUUGAAUCAGAUAUUUGCUUAUACAAGAAUAUAAAAAAUGCAGCGAGAAGAAAAGCAACUAGAUGCUGCCCUAGAAGCUAUUAUUACGAGAGUUAAUGAUUUGAAGACAUCUAUUGCAUCAAUGAUAUUUAAAUUAGAACACGAGUAUGAAACUUUAAAUUGGCCAAAUUUUCUUGAUAAUUUUGCUCUCAUUUCUGGUCAUUUGACCAGUUUAUCCAAAAUACUUAGUCACGACAAAGCUCCAAGCUUAAGAAAUCUUACAGUAUUACCAUUGCGCUUAAAUCCUGAGAAAGAUGAAGAAUUACUUCGAUUAACUGAAGGCAGAAUUCCGACAUUUGCUCAUGAUUCAGUACCUGAUUAUUUAAGAACUAAAUUAGAACCUCAAGUGGAACAAAAAAUGAUGCAGUUAGAAGCCAAAGCAGCAAAUUUAAAUCAUGAAGCUUCUCAUGAAUAUAAUAAACAAGUAGCACAAUAUACUAAAGUGAUUAGUCAUGUUUGGGAUAUAGCAAAUAAGGCACGUGAAGAAUGGGAAAGUGAAGCUGGUUCUAGAGCAACACAAGCACAAACCAGUAGUGCAGCAGAUACUCAUGCACUUGUUGCUGCUGUUGGAAUGGGAAAAGGAUUAAAAUCCGAUUCAGUUCCAAUGGUCCAGUCAAAUGUUAACCCCGUACCAAGUGGUAUGAUGGUAGGUAGACCUGCAAACCAACAACAGUCUGGAGGACAAGGACCACUUGGAAAUACACAAAUGGGACAAAUGAACAAAGCUCCUAGCGCAAUCAAAACAAAUAUUAAAGCUGCAUCACAAAUUCAUCCGUAUGGAAGAUAGGAGAUAAUAAUAUUUUUAUUAGAACAUGUGACAACAUUAUAACUGAAAAAGGUAUACAUAUAUACAUGUGUAUAACAUUUAUAGUUUUAAUUUAUUAUUGCAGUUUUAUUUAAUUAUAUUUCUUUUUAUUUUUUGUGCUAUAAUAGCAUUAGAUCGUGGGGAUAAUAUUUUAUUCAUAACAGGAAAAAUAGUUGCUUUUAAGCCUUGUUCUUGUAACCAACACAACCGAUCUUGUAAGACUAUUGAUUCUGCUGGUGCUUGUAAAAUUAAUUGUAGACCAGUAUAAAUUUCUACUUCUUUCGAUCUUUGACAAUGAUGUUUCCAUAAUUCUAUUAUAUCAUUUUCGAUCAUUUCAUGGUAAUUAAUUUUUCCUUAAAUACAAACAAAUUCUUUUUAUUACUUGUGUGACAUUUAUAAAGCAUAUAAUUAUUAAGGAAAAUAUUUUACCGUCUUUUUGUGGCAUUACUUCAUCGAUUGGUUCAAAAGUAUAUCUUAAUAACGUAUCCUUCACAUAAUUUUCAAUGCUAGAACAUUGAGAUCGUCUUGUAGCUUUUCGAACUCGUUUUUUUAAAUGAAAUUUAUCUAAAAUUAAUUUCAUUAAACUUUUUAUAUAUAUAUAUAUAUAUAUAUAUAACUUAGGAAAUAAGAAUAAAAUAAAAAAAAAAUAUAUAUAUAUAUAUACAUCUAUUUACUUUGUUUUACAUAUAAUUCAACCACAGCUCUAGCAAGUACGUGAAAAGCAUGUAUAUCAUGUGAAUCUUGAGACAUACUAAUCCAUCUUUCAGCUGCCUCUUGACAUGCUAAUCGUAAAAAUGGUUGUCUUAAAAAUGUACUAGUAUCUAAAUUUGAAUUAGCAAUUACUUUCUGAAGGCAUUGUGACAUUGGAAAAUUAUCAAAAUAUUGUGUGUUAUUUGGCAUUUCUUUUCCAUUUUUGGAUAUAGAAAGUUUAUGGUAACAACACGAAAUCAAAAUCAAUAAUUGUGCAUUUUUCAUAUUACAAAAUAUUUUAGAUACAUAUACACUUAAGUCUCCACAGGCGUGUAAUCCAAUAAAACAAAGAUUAUCAAUUUUUCCAAACUCAGAAAAUACAAGAAAUUCUAUUGUUUCUAUAGAAUGAUAUGAUAGUUUACAAAAUGCAAAUUUAACAUGAUUUACAGAUGUUGGAUAUAUUUUCAUUUGUCUAUUACGAGCUAUAUUUAUAUUUGUUUCAUUCCCAUCUAAUCCAAGUACUUUAUAUCCAUAUAAGUAGUACAGUAAUUGAGAAACAUAUCCCUAGAAAAAUAAAUUAUGAAGUUUUACUUCAAUAUUAUGUA